GGAUAAAGUAGAAGAAACAUAGAGAUAGAGAAGAAAUCAUGAAGAGAAAGAGAUACGAGAUGGAGAAGAAGAAGACAGAGCUUCAAACCGCCAUUGAAGAGCUCUCUCUUUUCAUCGUAACUAAACCUGCAGAUAACACUGAAGCUACACAUAUACCCUUGAGGCCUCUUCUCUCUUUCUGCAACUUAAUCAUCCAAGUUCUUGAUAAGAUAGGACCGACAAUGGCUGUUCUUAGACAAGACAUUGAUCAAAAUAUUCAGAGAUUAGAGAAAGUUUGUGAAACAGAUUCUUGUGUUUACUCCAAUUUGGUUGAGAUUCUGAAGAAAGAAAAGGAGGAAGGAACAUCCAAGAUGGUUGCUAGUUGCAGUAGAGCUCUUUUUUGGCUCACUAGGACAAUGGAUUUUACUUCUGGUUUACUACGAUUGUUGUCGAAAGAGAUGUCGUCGAAAAUGGAAGAACUUGUAGAGGAAUGCUACAUGACGACUUUAAAACCGCAUCAUGGAUGGAUCGCCUCUGCUGCUUUCAAAGUGUGUCUGAAGCUAGUGCCUGACAACAAGACGUUCAUGGACGCGAUCGGUGCAAGAGACGAGAGUUAUGAUACCUUAAGAGAAGACAUCGAUACCUUAAGCUCAUUGUUGACACCUAUUCUCAAAGAAAUCUACUUUGUUCUGGCAUUUCAUGCGUACUCAAGAAGUGGUGAUUUCGAUUUAGAAUCAGGAACUAUCAGAAAAUCUAGAAAGCCUAAGAAUUCGUUUUCGAAAAUGAUCAAAUCUCUCGGGAAUCGUCUUCACCACAUGUUCAAAUUGCAUCCGAUUCUCGUUUUCAUCGUUUGCCUCUCGUUUGGUAUCACAGUUCUGAUACUUUUAUCGUCGAUUUACGAGAACCAUUUUAGAUCAACGGUUAGUUAUUAUAAGAAGAAUGAUUUGGAUAACGAUGGUUAUCCAUUUGCCAAUCUGAAAAACCUUGUGAUGGUAGCUGGACAUUCUGUUUAUACGAGUAGUGAUUGUGGUAAAGUUGAUAAGGAGGAUUCGUGGUUCUUGGAGUCUUAUCAGAAGAAUCCAGGUCAAGCUGCAACGUUCUUGAGUCAUAUACAAGAAGGCGUUGAAGCUGCAGGGAAAGAUGAUGAGUCUUUGCUUCUAUUCAGUGGUGGAGAGACUCGUAAAGAUGCAGGACCUCGUAGUGAAGCUCAGAGUUAUUGGGCUGUUGCUGAGUCUAAAGGAUGGUUUGGUAAGGAUGAGGUGAGGUCGAGGGCAUUGACGGAAGAGCAUGCUAGAGACAGCUUUGAGAAUCUUCUCUUUAGCGUUUGUCGAUUCAGAGAGCUUACAGGGUCCUACCCACAAAACAUAACAGUAGUGAGUUAUGAUUUUAAGGAGGAGAGAUUUGCGCAUUUGCAUCGUUCAGCAAUGGGAUUUCCGGAAUCAAGAUUCUUUUACUUAGGAACCCCAGCUUCUCUAUCAUCCAAAGAAGGCGCUCUAAAAGGCGAGGCUAUGGUUAGAUCUCAGUUUCAAGAUGAUCCAUACGGAUGUGUUGGUUCGCUUUGGCGUAAGAAGCUGAAGCGUGACCCUUUCCACAGGACUCUACCUUAUCCUAAUGGUUGCCCUGAAAUUGGAGGAUUGUUCAAGUAUUGUGGUUCAGCUCCUUUUCCUGGCUCUCUCCCAUGGGACCGAUCUCUGUAAGAUCUAUACUAGACUUGCUUAGAGGAACCAAUACUUAUCAAAGAACUUGUUGGUAGAGAAACUCUUUUUUCUUUUUUUGUUACUUUCUACCAAUAUUUAGAUUAUACAGAGAAACUUCAGAAUCUUUGUAUUCUGCUUUCAUGAGUUGUCAAAAACAGAGAAUUUUACUUGUAUCAAAUAAAAUUUACCUAAAAUA